AUGGACAAAGAAGUCAAAAUCACCUCUGGCGGCAAAGACCGCCUCCUCCAAGCCACCAAAGUCCUCACAAAAUGCUUCUGGGACGACCCGGUCGUGCGCUUCAUGAUGUCCUCCAUGACGGACGAAGCGCGCAAAGCCUACUACCCGGCGUACAUGCACAGCUUGCUCAAAGCGGCGGCGCUGAACGCGGCCAUUUUCACCGAAGCGGCCGACUGGGCUUGCGUGGCGGUCUGGCUGCUCCCCGGCAAGACGGUGGAUAAUCCGUUUACGAUGCUGCAGGCGGGGCUGCUGGGGUGUUUGUGGAGGUUGGGGGUUGUGGGCGUCAAGCGCAUGCUAGUUGACUACCAAGGCCAAUCGGGCGACUGCAAGCGCCGAUUUCUCGUCGAUGCGCAUGGCAAGAGAUUCACGCGCUACCACUACCUCUUCUUCAUUGGUACCGAUCCCGCUGCUCGCGGCCAAGGUCUCGCGUCCAGGUUGAUCAAAGAGUACCAGCAAAAAGCUGCCGCGGAAGGCUUGCCCAUCUGGCUAGAAGCAACGACGCCCCGCUCGCGAGAUGUGUAUGCGAAAGUCGGCUUCGAGGAGACGACGAUGAUGAAGCUGGGUGAAGGCACGCAUGCGGCGAGCGGAGUGCCUGAAACUGGCGGGCCGGGAGUGUGCAUUUGGCCUAUGAUCUGGUUGCCACCGAGCAUGCAGAGCGGACGGAUCGAUGCAGCGAAACAAUGA